UACCCAUGUUUGACUUAUCCAAAGAGCUGGGUUUUCUUUGAGCGAUCCAUGACGUUAUGCCGCUCCUCGGGAACGGCCUCUCGGUGGCUCGGAGGUCUCGGACUCAAUGGCAAAACAGGGCCACACCGAGAUCGACCGUAAGGCAGAGAAGUGUCCUAAGAAAUCGAUCCCAGCAAAAAAAGCUUUCAACUCAAUGAUUUACUGUAGAUACCGGGUUGCCACUGGAUUAUAUAUAUAUACUUGACAGCUCAACUUCCUGACAGCUAUCAUUGCCAUCCAUCCAUCGAGACAUAUCACCCCAUAACGGGAACAUCCAAUCUACGCAAUUGUGCCUACUACAACACAAUAUAUUCCGCAUCAACACAUAUGUUCAACGCACUUCUGUCCGGUACUACUACCCCAAACUCCGGUCGUGCAUCUCCUCCCACCAGCGAAAUGCCCAUCGAUAAUGAUCACGUGGCCGUUGCCCGUCCAGCGCCCCGUCGCCGCCGCAUUGUAGUGGCCAUGACGGGUGCUACUGGAGCCAUGCUCGGCAUCAAAGUCCUAAUUGCCCUGCGCCGUCUCAACGUGGAGACGCAUCUGGUGAUGAGCAAGUGGGCGGAGGCUACGAUCAAAUACGAGACCGACUACCAUCCCUCAAACGUGAAAGCGCUGGCCGACUACGUACACAACAUCAAUGACAUGGCUGCCCCAGUGUCCAGCGGCUCAUUCCGCGCAGACGGAAUGAUCGUGGUACCGUGCAGCAUGAAAACAUUGGCUGCUAUCCACUCGGGCUUUUGUGACGAUCUCAUCUCAAGGACAGCAGAUGUGAUGCUCAAGGAGCGCAGGCGAUUGGUGCUAGUAGCGCGGGAGACGCCAUUAAGCGAGAUCCAUCUGCGAAACAUGUUGGAGGUUACACGAGCUGGGGCAGUCAUCUUCCCCCCAGUGCCUGCGUUCUACAUCAAGGCCGCAAGUAUCGAGGACCUCAUUGACCAGAGUGUUGGACGAAUGUUGGAUUUAUUUGACCUCGACACGGGGGAUUUUGAGCGUUGGAAUGGAUGGGAGAAAUGAAAUUUUCGUUGGGACUGAAUUUUGGCGGGCUUGUCUUGUAUAAAAUUAAAGGGGCGUUGACUGGAUUUUGGUAACUUGGAGGAUUUAUUCUUAGCUUUGACUGUACAUAGUUUGGGUGCGGUUUGAUAGCCGACGAUCGGCCGACCCACGAACCGGAUUUGCAUAUGAUUUCCUUUUUCCUUCAUUUUUGGUCGGAGUUCCGAACCGCUUUUCCAAACCCCAACACAACCACAAGCACGUUGUGUUUGCUACAUUGAGU